CCAAAACAAAAAGUUAAAAAGCCCCUUUCAAGUCCGGCAUCUCAAGGUUAACAAACCUGGCCCCAGCAACUCUUCCCCGUAACAUUUUGAGUCUUUAUAAGCAUCCGUCCAACCUAGGCAGAUUUGUUGCAGAUACACUACUGUUCUGAGGAACCAUUCUUCGUGGGAAGAUUAUGGCGUCUCUGGAUUCCUCAAUAACCUCGUCCUUUGAUGAGCAACGAUGGGUGAUCCAAAUUCGUAAUACCUUUGACGAGGAGGACGAAGAGGAUGUCCGAAUCCCCGUCUCUGUCUUCAGCGUCCCCAAAGCAUUACUCUCCACCAAUCCUGAAGCCUACACCCCGCAGCUCUUUGCACUCGGGCCGUACCACCAUUGGAACCCCCAUCUCUAUGAGAUGGAGCGGUACAAACUCGCCACAGCCAAGAGGACACAGAAGCGGCUCCAAAAACUCAAACUCGAACAAGCUGUGGAACACUUCAUGAAGAAAGAACCCAAGAUUAGAUCCCACUACCAUAGGCACCUUGAUUUGAGUGGAGAGACUCUAGCAUGGAUGAUGGUUAUUGAUGCAUCCUUCUUGCUCGAGUUCCUUCGCAACUACGCCGAUGCAGAGGGAAAGGCCUUCAAGAAGGCGACAUCAAUGUCCCAUAUGGUGGAUGCUGAAAGGAUGAAGUUGGCCUAUAAUUCUAUCCUUAGGGACAUCGUGAUGCUUGAGAACCAGAUACCCCUCAAUAUAGUAAGAAAGAUUCUGCGAUUUCAGAGCACUUCAUGCGAAAUUGCCGAUCGUCAACUCUCGACGAUGCUAAUAGGGUUCGUGAAGGAGGUUUCUCCAUUUAAGGUGAUGGAUAACUUAUCAAGCAUCGACACUAAAAGGUAUGCACACUUGUUGCAACUGCUCUACUUUGUCGUCGUUCCAAAGGUCAAGGAAGAAAGCAAAACCAAUGAAAUCGAAGACCACGUCGAUGUCCCUGAGUCAAAUGAGGAGAAGCCCCCGACAGAUCCAAGCUAUGUGAAGCAGCUCUUUAAUUCAGUUUGGAGUUCGGCAUCAGAUUCAAAAAUUGUGAAAGUUCUCAUUAUAAAGCCCUUCAAGUUCAUAGCGAAGGUUCCCUGGAAGAUCAUCACCCAUCUCCCAGGGAUCUCGAUCUUGGCCGCUCCCAUCGGAAAUCUGUUCUUCAGUGGAGAUGGAAAAUCAGAAGAUGAAGAAUCUGGUAACAGACCUCCUUUGGUUGAAGAGAUCAUGGUCCCUUCAGUGACUGAGCUCACAAAGGCCGGUGUCAAGUUCUCACCAACCAGCGGGGACUUAACGACGAUCGCGUUCGAUGUGAAAACUGCCACUCUUCAUCUCCCUACUGUGAGUUUGGACACCAACACUGAAGUCCUAUUGAGGAAUCUUGUAGCAUAUGAGAUGUCGGUCGAGUCGGGGCCGAUGGUUUUCACUCGAUACACUGAGUUGAUCAAUGGGAUUAUCGACACCAAGGAGGACGUGAAGCUGUUAAGGCAAAAGGGGAUCAUCCUGAACCGGAUGAAGAACGAUGAGGAGGUGGCAAAGCUUUGGAAUGGCAUGAGCAAAUCAGUGAGGUUGACGAAAGUGGCCUUCAUAGACAAAGUGUUGGUUGAUGUGAACAAGUUUUAUGACAGUCGGUGGACUGUUCAGAGCCGGAAGUUCGCGAAAGCCUAUGUGUUUGGAUCGUGGCAGAUCCUUACGCUUCUGGCCACCGUUCUGCUGCUGGUUUUGACGUGCGUAGAGGCCUUCUGCUCGGUCUAUAGCUGUGGAAAUCAUUGGUCCGUCCUCUCAGACACGAAUGCUGGGGGAGGGGGAGACUGAAAUGCUACUCAAUUUGCAAGGUUUCAGUAGUACAACUUGCAUGUAAAACUUAUAUAUAAUUUGUGUGUAAGCCAAAUGGAUUUGGCUUGUCUGUAAGCACCGUUUUCGGCAUUCCAGGUUCAGAUCUUGGGAUGCAAUUUCUGCAGGACUUCUUAAAAUAUAGCUUUCGUUAGUAAAUAGUGAUUUGUCUAAGUUUAUAUAUUAGAUUUUCCUUAUUUCUUGGGGUCUUGUAUGUAGUUCCCCGAUUUAUUGGAUUAAAACAUUCUUGUACUAAUACGUGCUAAUAAUAUGCUUUUGCCUAGGUGGUGUCCAUC